UUUUACCGUGGCGUUCUCAGCCUGAAAAGAGAGAUCCGUAAAUUAGCCCAGGAGGAUUGUGGGUAUGAAGAACCGACCAUUGCGAUGGCUUACAUCUAUUUUGAAAAGCUCGCCCUGCACGGUAAACUAGACAAGCAGAAUCGUAAACUUUGCGCCGGAGCCUGUAUCCUGCUCGCUGCCAAGAUAAGCAAUGACCUCAAGAGGCCGGAGGUCAAACACCUCAUAGAUAGACUGGAGGAGCGUCUGCGGCUGAGUCGCAGGGAUCUUCUAUCGCUGGAGUUUCCUGUGCUGGUGGCUCUCGAGUUUAAACUGCAUCUGCCUGAGCGCGAGAUCUUACCACACUACAGACGCCUCUGUCAGACCCCCUGAAUCCAGACCAGACCGGACCCUCAAGACCCGCAGCAUUCCUGCUCUUCAAUGUUUUAGAAGUUUG